CACAGUCUGAUGUCAGUGUUCUGGACUUGACCAAGUAGGAAGAGUCCAAAAAAAGGCAAGGGCUGAGAGAGGCUCACACACCCUCUAAUCUCCCCAAAACUCCACACAGUUCUGCAGCACACAUGCUCACAAACACACACACACACUUCAAAUCUCAGUCUCAUCUCUCUUGCACUUAAAAUGCUCUGUUGGGAAUUGAGUUUAGCCCUACUGUUCACCGGCUUCCCAGCGUGGGCUCUGCCUUCAACUAACAUCAAGAUCACACAAGCACUGCCCCUGCAACUGUCAGACUCAAACCAGCCUGUGACAUGUCCGCUCUUCUGGACUGAAUUUGAGGGUUACUGUUACCGCUUCUUCCCCUUGAACCGCACCUGGGCCGAGGCAGAUCUGUACUGCGCUGAAUUCUCAAACGGACACAAAUCAGCCAAACUCACCUCCAUCCACAGCUGGGAAGAAAAUGUGUUUGUCUAUGAUCUUGUGAACAGCCGUGUACCAGGAAUUCCAACAGAUAUUUGGAUUGGCCUUCAUGACAGAAGACAGGAGGGCACUAUGGAAUGGACAGAUGGGUCACCAUAUGAAUACAAUUACUGGGAUGGAAAUCAGCCAGAUGAUGGCAUCCAUCGCAUCCCUGAGGAGGAGGACUGUGUGGAGAUCUGGUACAGACAAAACAGUGCUCUGAGGUCUUGGAAUGACAACAACUGUGAUAAGGCCUUUCCAUUCGUCUGUAAGAUUCCUACACUGGAAAGCUAAGCUCAGAUCUAAGAUUGUUAUCCAGUUCUUUAUCAUCAUUCAUCAUCAACACUGACACCCCAACACCCCAUGAUCACAGUGUAGCAACAAGAUGUCAGCUCGUCGGCAUCCCUGCAGCGAUGAUGGUCUCUCUCUAGCCUGUUAUAGGCACUUCACAUGCGUUUCUCUCCCUUCCCUCCAGUUCCCUGCCCCCAUCGUCCCUCCAUCACUGUUGCUGUUUUCUUGUUCCUCUGGGGCCAUGACUCAUGACGUUCACAUUCCUCAUUCAACACUUUUGGAAAUGAACCUUUUCUUUUCUCACCAGAGGAGCUGUUGCUUAUAUGUUGAUAUUGACGUGGUGAUGUUGUUGGGAAUUAGCUAGAGACCCGUACUGGUCUCCACAGAGAUAGUAAGCUGCAGUAUUUGGU